CUACUAUUGGAUAUUCUCCCCUUAUUCAGGAAGCUUAAAAACCGAUAAAUCCCUCUUCAAGUGGCCAGACAUCCCGACAUGGUCGUGCAUCUAGUACUUAGUACCCGACAAAGCAGCAAGAGCUUAGAUAAGACAAAGAAAAAAAGAAGAUCCUUCCUAACUAAUCACCAGCAGGCAGGAUCAAGGCACGCACGAAUAGGAUCAACCAUCGGAAUUAAACAAAGGCGACUCGGAGUCAGUAAAAAACCUACUACUAACAACACCUGCCCUUCUACAGGGAGGUACAUCUCAGCACACCGAGAUCAUCCCAUAAGAAGAAGUACUACACCGGUACCCAUGAGGGCAAUCCCACCACCACCACCACCACCGACCCUCCCGUCCACAACCCACCGAACGAAUAAUAGAUGGAAGUUCCCCCCAAUGCAGUCGCCACCCGGCAGCGCGGGCGAACAGCUGAUCUGAGGUUCGAGAAUUAUAUUGGCGCUUGCUCCUUUACCCUUUCCCGUUGUGAUGUACCCAGUAGUUAGGAUAGUAGAAGGCGAAAUAUCUGGCUGCCUAAUAGCGAGAGUGGGCCUGGAACCUGCUCGCUGUGCGCUCCGUUUGGAGGAUGGCUUGCUGUAGGCGUUCGGGGAGGGCUGGGCUUUAAAUAUAAGCUUAUUUGGACGUCUUUUGAUGCUAUACACCUGGGUUUGAUGGUUUCUUUGUCGU